CCUCAUGUCAUACUCAAUGGAAUGGAUGUGUCAGUUGGUGGAAAUAUUCCAGAAGUGGACGAGAACCCACUUCUGCUUUCUGUGGUUGUUAAAUACGGCGGUGAGAGUGUCCUCCACUUCACAUUCUCCUUCGUCAGGCCACAGAGCAAUAACAAUGCAGUCUCCAAGGACUUUCAUCAGCAGCCUGGCCAUCCUGGCUAUCAUUGCUUCAGUUGUCUGGCAAAGAGCAGAUGCGCAACCAGAAAAUGUUGUGUCCUGCUGCACGAGAGUGUCUAAUGAAGAGGUGAUGGACCCAAUCAUUGGAUUCAAAGCACAGAGGCCAGACAAAUCAUGUGUCGCUGCAGUGAUUGUUAAGACGGACAAAAAUGAACAGUUUUGCUGCUCUCCUCACGCUAAAUGGUUGAAACCCAAGAUUAUGGAGUUCUUGAGGAAGUUGGACCGCGAGACACAGACUUAGCCCUCACUACUGUCUCGUAUCACAACGUCCAGUCAAAGGGCUUAAAGAACCAAGAUGCAACUCACAAAAAGAUCUGGUUUACGAUCUUUUUAAAAUGUUUUUUUUUUUAUG